AUGUGGGCUCUAACUGAACUAUUCUUACUCAUGACAGAUACUACACUAAAAUUGUACCCUCUCGACAAAUGUUGGUAUUGGUGGAAUUGUUGGAGUUACGUCUUAGUUGUAGCUGCACUGGGUCUACUUGCAGUGGAAAUUUACUUCGAGGAUAUUGAAAAGAACUUGAUAGUGAAAAGUUUAAUUCUUUCGAAUGAUUCUCAAACUUCCCAAAUACUCACCCAGAAGACCAUCGUCGAUCUUCAAGUCCACCUCUUCAAUAUUACGAACUCUGAAGAAGUUGUUGCUGAUGUUGUAACUCCACCAGGUUUGAAAUUAGGUGACAAGCGCUACAUAUUCUUUGCUGGUUUAUGCCGUUCAUUUUCAUUCACAGCAACGGAAGCUGUCUUCUCAGAAGAUGUUCCUCAAUUGAAACUACUUAAAAUGACGUUGGAUAAAGAACAGCUACAAAGUGUUGAAGAGAAUCCCGAUAAUUGGGCAUUUCAUGACAAAGACACAUUCACUGGCAACUUUGCUCCAUCCGGAUUUGUGCCUUUAAAACGAUGUCUUAAAGGUCCUGAUGUCCCCAUAUUUAUCUCAAUGCCUUAUUUCAACCUUGUCGAUAAUGAAACGAAAAGUGCUGUCAUUUUUGAAUCUCCACCUGAAUCAAACUGGGAGCCCUACUUCCUGCUCGACCCGUUGAUUUCUGUGAAAAAGGAGGAUGCCCAAAAACUCUAUUGGCUGGCCUACGAAGUACCCGUAAUAUUCCGAACAUGUCUCCGACUCACUAUUGCUUUCUUAUUUUCACUUGCAACAUUGCGCUCCCUAAUCGCAGUGUACAUCAAGUACUUUGGAACCAGGGUAGAAGAGAAGCAGAAUUGUGAAAUAACUUCCUCGCAAAACGAAUUGGCACUGACUGAUUUUGCAUUCUCAACUCUAUUUUGA